AUGUCUACAGUGCAAGGACGUCAGCUGGGCCGACUAAAUCCCGCCCUUUACCUUACCGAGGACACAGAAGAGCUCUACGACAUCCCUCUGGGGCACAUUGGGCGAGUCUGGUUCACCGUCAGCUACCACCGGUCACGGGAGCAGCUCAAGGUCUUGAUACACAAGGUGCGCAACCUCCGCAACCCUCUGACAGCCACCGUCUCCAACGUUAACGCUAGCACAACAGGCCUUUCACCCCGAAAUUCUAUAUCCCCUUCUGGUGGCUUCUCACGACUCGGCUCAAGCCUUGCUUCAGAGGCAAGUUUGUAUCCACAACGUCUGGCCACUUUAAACUGCCGCACUAGUUGUGGCCAUGACAACCACUCUUCUGGGCCAGAGACAGGGGUUGAAUGUUUGGCAGCGAAGGCCUCUUCUGGUUGGACGAACCCUCAUGAGGUGCCUGCCACGACCGUCUUAAGGCAAGGUGCGGAGCAGCAGGACUGCAGAAUUAGGUGA